AUGCCCGUGACAGAUGAGGAUGCUGCGCUGGCAGCCAUUGCCACCCUCGAGACGCCGUCUAUGGAGCAGCAACACGCACAGCAAGCCGUGAAUGCCAUCAUCUGUAAUGGGGAGCCCUUUGUCGACGUCCACGACUUGUUUGCUCAUUACAAUGUGCUCUACUUCCGCAAGCUCUUGCUUCCACGUGUCGAGGUGCUGUGGUCGCCACGAUUGACGCUCUGCGCCGGAAUCUGCGAACUCUCAAAGGACCCUUCGACCGGGACAUUCACACGCAUCCGUCUCAAACUCAGCACCCCACUCCUACAAUACCGUCCCCGAUCCGACACAAUCAACACCCUGCUCCACGAAGCCAUCCACGCCUACUUCUUCCUCACCACAUCCUGGCGCCACGCCCGCGGCGACGACGGCACGGGUCACGGCCCAGGCUUUCAACGUCUCGCCGCCGCCAUCAACCACCACGGCGCCUACGACGUGACCAUCUACCACACCUUCCACGACGAGGUUGCGUCCCAUCGCAGACAUGUCUGGCAAUGUAACGGUCCCUGCAACACCCAGCCCCCAUUUUUCGGCCUCGUGAAAAGGAGCAUGAAUCGGGCGCCGGGGAAAAGCGACGGGUGGUGGGCGCAACACGAGGCUGAGUGCGGGGGCACCUAUGUCAAGGUGCAGGAACCCGCGCCGACGAAGAAGCAAUGGCAGGCCCUAAGCGCCAGGGAAAGGGCUGGCAGGCAGAAGAACAAGCUGGAUGGCUGGGUCACUGGGGCAGUGCACACCACAUUGGCAACCGCAGAGGGUAAUAAGAAUGCCUUUGCUCAGCCCAUUGCGGUGGAUGGCGAGGAUGAAACCUCAGUCAAGAGUUUGCAAGACUCCAAGGGAACGACCGUGUCAACGACACCCGCCUCUUCAAUUUCUAUAGCCGGUCAGAAACGACCCGUGUCAGAUGCUAGUGCCGACGCAGCGGAUGACACGGCAAAGAAGGUAUUGGUAGAGUGUCCCCUAUGUCAUCUUCGCAUGGCAGAGUCCACCAUCAACGAGCAUCUAGAUACAUCACACGCUUCUUGA